AUGUCCCUUCAAGAAAGCUUAUCGCAAUAUUUACCUAAACACCCAAAGCCUGAAAACUUAAAGUUUGCUUAUGGAACUGCUGGCUUUCGUAUGAAAGCUAAGGAUUUGGAUUAUGUUAACUAUACAGUAGGUAUAAUCGCCACGUUACGCUCCAAAUACCUCAAAGGGAAGACAAUAGGUGUAAUGGUUACGGCAUCUCACAACCCUCCAGAAGAUAAUGGUGUUAAGGUUGUUGAUCCUUACGGAAGUAUGUUAGAAACUUCGUGGGAAGCGUAUGCAACAAAGUUAGCUAAUUCGAGUCAUGACGACUUAGGUGAUAACAUUCAAAAAAUAUGUUCGGAGUUGGGUAUUGAUUUAAGCCAGACGUCGCAUACUAUAAUUGGUAGAGACUCUAGGGACUCAAGUCCAGCGUUAUCGGAUUCUACUAUUGAUGGGAUCAAAUCAAUUCCAAAUUCAACGUAUAAAGAUUACGGAUUGAACACUACGCCUCAAUUGCAUUAUUUGACCAGAACGAUCAAUGAUGCAAACUUUGGAAAAUCGUCCGAAGAAGGUUACUAUUCAAAGAUGGCAACAGCAUUUAAAGCUAUUUAUGAAAUCAGUAACAACAGUGAAAAACUUGAUAUUACUAUUGAUGCUGCUAAUGGGGUCGGUGCACCUAAAGUUACCGAUUUGUUGCAAAAGUGCUUAUCUGAAGAAAUUUCAUUUAAAUUAGUUAAUGACGCCUAUACUAAGCCAAACUUAUUGAACUGGGAUUGUGGGGCUGAUUUCGUCAAAACUAAUCAAAAAUUACCGUUAAAUGUUAAUAACCCAAUCUCAAAUAAAUUAUACGCUUCAUUUGAUGGGGAUGCGGACAGACUUAUUUGUUACUACCAAAAUGAUAAAGGCGAAUUUAAAUUAUUCGAUGGGGACAAAAUGUCAACCUUGAUUGCGUUGUUCUUCCAACAAUUAUUUGCUAAUAUUAACUCAGAGAAAUUAAAGUUGAAUAUUGGUGUCGUUCAAACUGCCUAUGCUAAUGGAUCUUCGACUGCCUAUGUGGAGAAUAUCUUGAAAAUUCCAGUUCGUUGCACUCCAACAGGUGUGAAGCAUUUACAUCAUGAAGCUGAGAAAUUCGACAUUGGUAUUUAUUUUGAAGCAAAUGGACAUGGUACAGUAACGUUCUCCGAAGAAGCAGAGAAAAAGAUUUUUGAAUAUAAAGCCGACAGCUCGAAUGUAAAAGAAACUGAGUCUAUCAAAGUCUUGCAAAAUCUUACACAAUUGAUUAACCAAACUGUUGGAGACGCGAUUUCCGAUUUACUAACUAUUUUAAUUAUCAUCCAUUUCUUGAAAUUAAGUCCUGAUGAUUGGGACAAAGCUUACACUGAUUUGCCUAACCGUUUAAUAAAAGUCGUCGUUCCGGAUAGAUCGAUAUUCAAGACAACAAACGCUGAGAGAACUUUAGUAGAACCAGCUGGAUUACAAACGAAAAUAGAUGAAAUCGUUAGCAAAUACCCUAAGGGAAGAUCAUUUGUUAGAGCUUCUGGUACUGAAGAUGCUGUUAGAGUCUACGCUGAAGCUGAUACAAAAGAAAAUGCUGUUGAAUUAUCGCAGUUGGUUGGCGAUUUGGUUAAAUAG